AUGGCUACUCCCGCCCAAAUAUCAAGUUAUAUCCAAUUCAUCCAGGAGUAUCUUAUAGACAGCGAACAAGCUACGCCCGAGAAAACUACGGCAGAGCUACGUGGACUCAGCGCUUUAGUCCAGAAAUGGGUCUUGAACGCAGUAGAUUCCGCCGAGAAAUUAGAUUCCGACAUUUCAUCGCAGCGGGAAGACCUCCAAUCCGACCGCUUACAACUCUGUCACGAAUGGGAAUCCUUGGACCAAGCCACGCAGACAACGGCCGCGAAUGGCAUCCGAACACGCUGGCAGCAACUCCUACAGAACUGUCGAGAACGAAUCCGCAUCUUGAAUCAAUGCACAUUCGCCACGAAAGGGGAAAGCGCCGACAUCCUCCAAACCAGCCUAAAAGAGCGUGUACAAGCAAACCAAGCCGAACGAACAGAACUUCUGGAGUUUCGAGACCUACUCGGGGAUUUAUCCGCGGAUGCUCCUCCUACAACAACACCCUUGAAUCCAACAACAACAACAAGUUACAAACAAUGGAAACCCGACCAGAAAAUCUGGCCAGAACCCGGUACAGAAGCAUACAAACUCUGUCAAAAACAAGUCCUCCCCCCUUACCCAACCACACGUAGCGAAUCCCCCCAAACAACCAAUUUCCGCAAAAAAACAGAUCUCCAACGCUUCAUAAAAUCAAAAGGAAAAGGUGCAACCUGGCAAUCCCAAACCCUCCCCUCAGGAGCCCAAGGUUCCGCUUGGGCAUACACCUUCACAGACCCAAAUGGCGUAAUCCUCAACCGCCUCGUACGAAAAGAAACAGGCCAAUCCGAAACUCUCGAAGAUUGGAGUUGUCCAUACUCCUGGCAUGGGGAUACUUCCCUGCCCAAUUGGCGAAAUGAAUGUGUGCCCCUAGAAUUCCACACGCAGAAUUUAAUUUCCUCCCCCAAAACUUCUCAUGCUGUGAAAUUGCUGGCUCCGCCGCAGGUUUUUUGGGAGGAGUGGAAGUAUAGAUUAUAUAUGGAAUUUGCGCCGAAUGGGGAUUUGGAUCAAUUGAUUGAUUUGCAUGAUGGGUAUCGGGAACCUGUGCCGGAGACUUUUUGUUGGUUGGUUUUGAGGGCUUUGGUGGAGACUUGUUUGGUUAUGGAACGGGGGGAUGGUGUUGGUUCUAAGAAGAAGGGAGGAGGAGGUGGGGAAGGGGAAGAGUGGUCGGAAAUUGUACAUUGUGAUUUUAAGGCUGGGAAUGUUUUUCUUGGGGUACCGGAUCGGAAAUUUUAUCCUCAGUAUCCUACAAUCAAACUCGGAGAUUUCGGUCUAGCAUUCRUCACAAACGACCAAGAUGAAACAAAUCCCAUCUGGUGGUCCGAUCGCGGCACCGAAGGACAUUUCGCACCGGAGCAACUACACUACGUCGACAGCGUGACGAAAGAAUCCAUGGGAAACACCAAAAAAAUCCUCUCCUCAGCAAACAUCUACAGUCUAGCAACAAUAAUCUACCAAUUACUCGAACGGAAAAAUUUCAUCGGCGAACAACCAACCUGGGAAUCCACCGAACCUCUCCCUGUAGGAACAACAACCUCAGAGAUCCCCAACCCAGAAUUCAAAGUCAGCGAUGAAACGAGGAGAUUAUAUGAUGAUGCAAAACUCAUAGAUCUCAUUGAGGAAUGUUUUGCUUUUGAGCCGGCCAAUCGACCGAGUUUGGAACGUUUGUUGGAGAAUUGUAAUGCGAGAUUGAAAGGGAGGAAGGCUAAAGCUGAGAGGGAUGGGAUGGUGGAUGAGAGGGGGGAUUCUUUGUUGAUUCCUGGGGAGAUUGUUAAUUUGAAGUGGACGUCGAGAUUGGAGGGGGRGGGGUUGGAUAGUCGGGGGGAGAGAAUUCCUAGGAGGGAGGAUGAGGAUCAGGAGAUGGAGAUGGAGAUGGAGAUGGAGGAUGAUGAUGGUGAUGGUGAGGUAGAGGAGGACUCGGAGGAUGAAGAGAUGGAUGAUGAUGUUGAGAUGGAAGAUGAUUAG